AUGAAAAUACCAUAUCUGAUGUUAGUUUUCUACGCAAAUGUACCGAGAUCAAAGAGCUUGUUCUAUCAAAGAAUCUGGCAAGAAAAAUUCACGGAAUUGAGAAUCUUAAAUAUUUGGAAGCUCUUGAUAUUCGCAACGGCAUCUCUGGAAUUGGAGGACGAGGUAUUGAGGCUGUCAGUGAUUAAGUACUGGUAUCUUUCAGGGUGCCCACUUUCCCGAUUGCCGAAAUUCAAUACUCAAAAAUUAAUAAAGUUAAUUUUACUGAACAAUCCAAUUCCAGGAAAAGAGGUAGCUAAAUUGAAUGAAGUGAAAAGUUUAAAAUACUUGGUAUUUAAACACAUUGGCGUUGCACAAAAGAGGUACAUUCCUGAUCACAUAAUCUAUUCUGCAAAUUAA